AUGGUGAAGCAUCUGCCGCCCGUCGUCAAGCAGCUACUCUCAUCUCGAAGCACACAAUCAUUGCCCAGCCCUCCUAUACCUAAGCUGCAUGCUGUUUUGACCAGCACGUUUAAUGAUGCUCAACAAAGAAAAGUUGAGAAUGGAUGGCUAGUGUUGUCUACAUGUACACUCUUGACAGCGAACGUACCUUCUUCAAUUGGCCACCUGUACAAGUUCACGACCAGAAAGGACUAUAACGAUGCUGGUUCUCGACGAAGUCUCCCCGAGGCAGUGAUGAAAGCUGCCAUCAUGCGAGAAUCGGCAUUGAAGAGUACGAUCUUUGUCGGUGUUCCUCGAACGAUUCUUGCCCUCUCGGGACUCAUGGAAGUCGCCGAAGAGGAUGUGAAGGGAAUCCUGAGGACUGAAUCACAUAGGACAUCCACUCCCGAGAACAUCAAGGCUGUUCUUUCGAGGGGACAGGCGCUGUGGAACUCGAUUUACGCUCCGCACGAGGUGAAGCUUUACGACAAAUUGGGUUCAUACCACCCAGACUUCAUCUCGUUUAUAAUCCAGUCGUACGGCUCCGUCCUGGCACCCCUGCCUGGGGAGAAUGAGCAAGGUAACCUCAGCCGGACUCUUGGUUCCGUUGUUGGCGUCGCUUGUCUGCGCACGGAAGGGGGAGUCGGACCCCAGCUCACAAGCCACGUUUUUGGCCUUCUGAAGGCCCGUACCGUGCAAGGUCUAAACGAGGAAGAUAAAUGGCUCUCCGGGGACGAAGGCACGGAAUGGGUCAUCCGCACCGUUGAUACCCUUCUUGAUGUUUUGCAACCGAAGAAAUACCCGGCGACUGCCAAAUUGUGA